AAGGUCAUCGGCUGGGGGGUCUCCUUCGAUAAUUUGCUGGCCGACAAAGAGGGAGUCCAAAUUUUUAUGGAAUUUUUGAAGAUAGAAUACAACCAAGAGAACUUGGUGUUCUGGUUGAAAUGUGAAGAUUACAAGAAAUUAUCUUAUGAUGAAGUUUGUUUGGCUGCCAUGGAGAUGUACAAGACACACGUGAGUGAGGAUUCCAUGGAGAUGGUGAAUGUCGAUUACAAUGUGAGAAAGAAGAUCGAGCAUGAGAUCUGCCAGGCCUCCGUCCAUCUUUUCCAUGAUGCACAACAACAUAUAUAUUCUCUAAUGAAAGAAGACAUCUACCCGAGGUUCAAGAGGUCGGAACUCUAC